UAUCAUAACCGAAGCAAAAACGACGCCGCAGAAUGCUUUGCAGGAAGAGCUCACGGAACGGCGUCGGUUCGGGAUCGGUUCCGGUGUACCUCAACGUCUACGAUCUGACACCAAUCAACGGUUACGCUUACUGGUUCGGCCUCGGAGUGUACCAUUCCGGCGUGCAAGUUCACGGUGUUGAGUACGCGUUCGGGGCUCACGAGUACCCAUCUACGGGAAUAUUCGAAGGAGAACCGAAAAGGUGUGAAGGGUUCACUUUCAGGAAGACGAUACUGAUUGGGAAGACUGAUAUGGGUCCUGGUGAAGUCAGGGUUGUGAUGGAAGAGCUUUCUGCUGAGUAUAAAGGGAAUGCUUACAAUCUCAUCACAAAAAACUGCAACCAUUUCUGCAAUGAUGUUUGUGUUAGGCUCACUGGAAAUCCUAUACCCAGUUGGGUCAAUCGUCUUGCAAGAAUUGGUAACUUUGCAGGUUUUUUGUGCAAUUGUGUUCUUCCUGUGACAUUGAAUUCAACUAAAGUUAGGCAUCACAGAAUAGAAGACAAGCAAUGUGAAGGAGAAAAGCAAGCAUUAACAAGUGAAUCCAACAAGCUUAAUGCUUCAAAUUCAACAUCCUCGUCUUCAUCUUCUCCUGCUUCUAGCUCUGGAGUGCGCAGGGGAAGGAGUAGAACAAGACGUGCCCUUCCUCCAUCUUCACCUUUGAUUAUUGGUUCUUCUUCAUCUUGAUGUCCAAAAUGUGAAAAUUUUAUAUAUAUUUUUUUUCUCUUUUUGUUU